UUCCUCAUUUCAUGCCGACUAAUAUCGCGACACCAUCAUGGCGAUGAUUACAAUUUACGUGUGAUUUAGGGAGAAAUUGAGAAAAUACGGUAUCAUUUGACAUUGAGUUCAAUAGUUUUUUUGGAAAUACUUUAAUUUUCACUGAGUGGGGAAUACAUCGACUCAUUAAUUCAAGUCAACACCAAAGGGUUGAGGUUGUGUAAACAGAUUUUGUGUACGAGGGAGGACGUCGCCCAAUAAAAGAAAUCAUCGGAAUCAUCACUAUGAGCUCAGGGAGGCCAAUAAAAUGUGUUGUCGUUGGAGAUGGAACUGUAGGAAAAACUUGUAUGUUGAUAUCGUACACGACAGACAGUUUUCCUGGUGAAUAUGUGCCUACAGUAUUCGACAAUUACUCGGCACCAAUGGUGGUAGAUAGCAUACCAGUUAGCCUGGGCCUGUGGGACACUGCUGGUCAGGAGGAUUAUGACAGGUUGCGCCCAUUAUCCUAUCCUCAGACAGAUGUUUUCCUGAUAUGUUUCUCGGUAACGAGUCCAUCGUCCUUUGAGAAUGUCACGAGCAAGUGGUAUCCGGAGAUAAAACAUCACUGCCCUGACGCACCUAUGAUACUCGUUGGUACAAAAAUUGAUUUGCGCGAUGAUCGGGAGACACUCACUGCCCUGGCUGAGCAGGGAUUGAGUGCGAUAAAAAGGGAGCAAGGACAAAAAUUAGCGAAUAAAAUACGUGCCGGCAAGUAUAUGGAAUGCUCAGCCCUGACGCAGCGUGGCCUGAAGAAUGUGUUCGAGGAAGCAGUCAGAGCUGUCCUCCUUCCAGAGCCCCAGAAGCGCCGUCAAAGAAGAUGCGUCAUGUUGUAAAGGUAUAUAUAGCCCUCAAGCCACCAUCUUAGAGUAUAUUUUAAAAGAAUAUUGUUGAAGACGACGGGCAGAGGAAAUAUCAACAAUUCAAUCGUUUAAUGAGUUCAGUCAAUUCCCUUGCAAAGUUGAAAAUUUACUGUUGGAAGCUGUCCGACUCAAAUUGACACAUUUCAACUAACAAUUUUUUAAAAUACUUGACGAAUGAUUUUUCAUUCAACACCUCAACCAGUGAUUGAGGAUCAAUUGACAAUUACGUGAUAGUAAUUAUCAAAUCUCGUGGGAAUCUCCAUUUCCGUCAUCUUCCGUACAAUGAAUUUUCGUGCACAAUUGUAUUUGCACAAUUUUAUAUUCUCUAAGAGCCUCUUGUUUCGUGUUGUACAUCAUUUAUUUCACUUGUGCAUCCGGAGAAGUGAAGUCUGAAGCAAAUAAAAUCCUAUAGAUUUUUUUUUGAUGAUUACAACCACUCCAUCUGCUGAUUUUUAUGGAAUUCCUUCAAUUAAACGACCGAAAAACGCGUUUUUUUAAUUAAAAAAAAUUGCUGAUUCAAAAAACAUUUCUCUGGAUGCAACAAACGUGCCAUAGGAGAAAUAAAUAAUUCGAUAACGAAAGAAGAACGAUUAUUUCGAGACAAUACCGACAUUAAAAUCAACUCAAGGAUGUCAUGAGCAUAUCAAGAUUUGUUUCAAUGACAUUGAAGCACUUCCUCGAUUUUUCUAAAGAAAUUCACAGCCCCCCACUGUCAAAUGACAUGUCCAUGACAUCCUCAGCCCUCACUCACCAAAAAGACUGCACUCAUGGGAGCAUAACUGCCACAUGACAAUGAUCAUUAGAAAAGACUUGAUAAAUCAUCGAAUUGUCUCAAUAUUAAACUUGUCAUUGGACUUUAGCACCUAGAAUCAGACCUAAAAGUACCUCUCGACGUUUGAGAUUUUUCUCUAUUACAAUUAUUUUUGUAUUUAAACGGACGAUUAUCAAUUACUCAAGUGUAACUACGCCACUAUCUUCAAAUUCAACGAUUAAAAAAUACCACUCAAUCAAAAACAGUUGUUUCUAGACCUAAUGUGAACAAUGGGAACAUUGAACGAAUAUUCAUGGCAAUUUAAAAAUAAAAAACAACGACGUUUGUAUAGAUUAUAAGGGAUGAGGAAAAAAAAUGAACUCAAAUCUUUCCCCGACAAUUGUAAAAUUAAUUAAAUAAUUAAUUAAUUUCUCAAAAUACUCUGGAUCCAUUGGGUCACGGUUAAGCCAUGAGCUCAGGCAUUACAGAUGAACAAUGAUAUUAUAACGGUGAGAUACGAUUGGCUGAGCUAGUUUCAGGUACCUCAACAGUGAAUUAAUAUUCCUGUACUUGAAAACAUGCUAUUUUUUUAUAUUUAAAAAACAAAAUGCUUAGAGAUGCAAAUUGAUGUGAAUGAUAUUUUCACUCUUUUGCCUUAUUGAUAUCUAAUGAGAGAUGACAUAUUCUAUACAAUUCCCGUGCGAAAUUUAAUGAAAAUUGAAUAACAGGAGAUGAAAGAAUUGAAAUAUUGAGAUAUUGUAAUAAUAUUGAAAUAUUGAGGCAUAAUAAUGCUAUUUGAAUGUAUAUAAUGUAGCAUAGAGAAAUAAUUGUAUUUCUGAAUUUCAAUGAUUUGACUAAAUUGUCGGCUUUUUCAUAUCAUUUAUCGUCUGGGGAUAUCCGAGUACUAAUUAAUCUGCGAGAAAAUUGAUCUGCUUUUGCACUCAUUUUACUAUUUAAAUUUCGGAGGUCUGAAUUCUAAUAUCAGCACUGAACUGUUAAAAAAUAUUUUUCGUCUGGAAAAAUAAUUUAAUAACAUUCAGUUUCUCACUGGAAGUCCGUGUUACGCUAAUAAGGAAUUUAAAUAAUUUCAAUUAUUUAUUUGGAAACGGUGAUUGUUUGAAAAGAUUCUCGUGAGCAUUAAAUAAUUUAUGAACACUUGGAUAUCCUGGAUGAUCCAUACGAAUCAAAAAUUUACGACAAUGAUAAUUUCGUUUUAUUCACGUUUUAUGGAGCAUUACAGUUUUUUCCUUCAUUUGAGAACAAAAAGUUAGAGUUAGGAGAGGAAUGAAAUUUGGUGCUCUUCCCAGACCUCCAAAAAAAGUAUAUUCAGACUUAUAUGAAAGAGAUCUAUCAAUUCCCUCUCCUGAUACCAAACUGAGAAUUUAAAAAAUUUUAUAGAUCAGACUGAUGAAACAGAAAGCAUUAUCUUGUAAUUAGACUAAAAAAGUAUGAAUUUAUCGUAUCAAAUCAUUAACACGAUACAUUUCUUUAGUGUAAGUAGUGGAUUUAUUUAAGAAUGUUGAUGAGUCAAUGGAGGCAGUGUCAUAAGUUAGAUAACUGCUCAUUAGGGGGUAGGAGCUACUGAAUUAUCAAAUUAUUUGUGCUUUACACUUGAUUUUUCUUAACUGAAUGUUUUCUAAUCGAAUUAUCCCCUGACGAAGUGACACAUUUGAAUCAAAUAAGUUUAUUAUCCCCCAAUUUUCGGAUUAUUUCGUGGAAUGAAGGAGACGAGUGAUUAAUUCGAGGAUUAUUAACUAAAUUAGAUAAUAAAAACAAUGAAUGAUAAAUAAAUUCAUUGAUUUGUUCGGUUGGAACGUUUGAAGCGUUCGAUAAGUCAUUAAUUUAACGAAAAUUCACAUCAAAGAUGAAAAAUUUAUUUCAUUGAAGUGAAUCACUUCUCUGGAUGCAUGAAAAAUUUAUUAAAUUUAUGAUCAUUUAUUAAUGUCAUUGGAGUAACCACGAUCAAUUAAAAUGCUUAUGCAGAAUUGCUAAUGAACCAAAGUUACAUACUCAUGACAAUUAAUUUUAAUUUCCUUUUAUAAAUACGUAAAAACUAGAGAUGAUACCAUAGAUAAAUGAGUGAAUCAUGAAUUAUUCUAGUCAGAAUGAAGCUGCUUCUCAAUUUUAUUUUAUCGUAAUUAAGUUGUUUGAGUUUGUCGAUUAACAGCUGCCAUUCUAACUGUGGUCGCUCCGAUGAUUAUAAAAAUGAUGAAUGAAAAAAAAAAAUAUUCAAAUUAAUACGUCACUGGAUAACUGAAUACACUUGAGUUUUUAGCACAAAAAGAGUUAAUUUGAGAUGAAUAAAAAAAUGUGAAUUUUUAUUUGUCUAUUUAAUAAAACGUCUUCGAUUCGUCAGUUUGUUCGUGUGAGGCAGCUAAUGGGAUGACUAGUGAUGUUUCAUGAGAAAUUUUCUCAAUCAUUCGCCAUAGUUAUUGUGAUUCCGUUUGAUAAAUUCCAACUUAGUAUUAUGAACGUUCGAGUCCUCUCAUACUGCCUAAUUUUGUAUUUUAACGAAUUGAAAAAAUGAACUGGAAAUUAAAUUUCAAUAUUCACUUUUAGUUUUAGUUUUAUUCUCACUGAGAGCCAAAACGAAUUACAAAUGCUAAUGAAUAAUCUCACAAAAACGAAUGCAUGUUCUGUAAACUUACUAGGAUGCAUUUAUUUUUUAUUUAUAUGUAUUUUCAAGAUGAAACUUUUUAAAAUAUACAUUGUAAACGGUCA